AAGAAAGUUAUGGAUUUUAUAAGGAAUUAAGUUGAGAAUGAAGAGAAAGUUUCAAUGGCGAAGUCAGGAGUAGGAUCUGCCAGGGCGAAGGAACAGAAGAAGAUGAUGACGACGGAAAACAACAAAGCAACUCCAUAUACAGCUUCUGAACUCGUGACCACAAAUAACGAAGUUGUUUCUUGUAUUUUUUGCGGACGUUCAGAGCAUAAGAGUUUUGAAUGUUCGAAUUCACAAGGUAUUAGGGAUCCAGUUGAAUCAAAAUCUAGAGAAGAGAUGGAGCAAGCAGCAUUGAGGUAUUUUAAAGAAACUGUAGCAGUUGAAUCUGAUGGUAGAUAUGUUGUUACUCUUCCAUGGAUCGAAGGACAUCCACCGCUUCCAUCAAAUUACAAAUUGGCUGUUCGUAGACUCAAUUUUACAAUUAGUAAGCUGAUGAAAGAUGGGUAUUACUCAAAGUAUGAAGAUGUGUUCAAAGAUUGGUUGUCUGAAGGUAUCAUUGAAAAAGUUUUCCAGGCGGAGACGGGUAUUAGUGGUCAUUAUUUACCUCACAGGCCAGUAUUGAAGAUGAAUAGUACUACUCAAGUUUGA